GAGCCGGCGGCCGGGCUGCCUGUUCAGUCCGGGUGCGGGCGGUAGACUGGGAGGCCUGAGUCUGAGCCCUGCGCCGCCCGCCCACCGGGGGCUCCACUGCCCUUGCCUCGGCCUCACUAGCCCGCCAGCCCAAGUCGGCGGCUCCUCCGCGAGUUCGCCGGGAACUCGUGUCCCUCGCUUUCCCCGGCGCCCAAGGGGGCCGCUUCGGGCCAUGGUGCGCUCCCAGGAGGAGCCCGCCGCUGCGCGGGGAACGAGCGAGGGACAGCCGGCCGGCCCCGCGCCCCUGGGGGCCGCUCCGUUGCCUGGCCCGGGACCCUUGGACGGCCCGGAGGCAGUGGCGGCGGAGAAGGUGGAGGUAGAGCUGGUGGGGCCGGCGGGCGCCGAGCCCCCUGAACCCCCUGAGGGCGGCUGGGGCUGGGUGGUGAUGCUGGCAGCCAUGUGGUGCAACGGGUCGGUGUUCGGUUUCCAGAACGCCUGCGGGGUGCUCUUCGUGUCUAUGCUGAAGACCUUCGGGUCCAAGGACGAUGACAAGAUGGUCUUCAAGACAGCUUGGGUAAAUUCCCUCUCCAUGGGGAUGAUUUUCUUUUGCUGCCCAAUAGUCAGCGUCUUCACAGACAUUGGUUGUCGGAAAACAGCUGUCGUGGGUGCUGCUGUUGGAUUUGUUGGACUCAUGUCAAGUUCUUUUGUAAGCUCCAUAGAGCCUCUGUACCUUACCUAUGGCAUUAUAUUUGCCUGCGGCUGCUCCUUUGCCUACCAGCCUUCGUUGGUCAUCCUGGGCCACUAUUUCAAGAAGCGCCUUGGGCUCGUGAAUGGCAUCGUCACCGCUGGCAGCAGCAUCUUCACAAUUUUGCUGCCUUUCCUUUUACGGGUCCUGACUGACAGCAUGGGGCUCUUCCACACACUGAGGGCCCUCUGCGUCUUCAUGUUUGUUCUCUUUCUGGCUGGCUUUACCUACCGACCUCUGGCUUCCAGCACCAAAGAAAAAGAGGGAACCAAAGGAGGAAACAGAGCUGCCCUCUUUUCCAGGAGAAAGUUCAGCCCUCCAAAAAAAAUUUUCAACUUUGCCAUCUUCAGGGUGACAGCAUAUGCCGUGUGGGCAAUAGGAAUACCACUUGCUCUUUUUGGAUAUUUCGUGCCUUACGUUCACUUGAUGAAACAUAUGAAUGACAGGUUUCAAGAUGAGAAGAAUAAAGAGGUGGUUCUCAUGUGCAUUGGUAUCACUUCCGGAGUCGGACGGCUGCUUUUCGGCCGGAUUGCUGAUUACGUGCCUGGCGUGAAGAAAGUUUAUCUACAGGUCCUCUCCUUUUUUUUCAUUGGUCUGAUGUCCAUGAUGAUUCCGCUGUGCAGCAUCUUUGGGGCCCUCAUUGCUGUCUGUCUCAUCAUGGGUCUCUUCGAUGGAUGCUUCAUUUCCAUUAUGGCGCCCAUUGCCUUCGAGUUAGUUGGUGCCCAGGAUGUCUCCCAAGCCAUUGGAUUUCUGCUCGGAUUCAUGUCUAUACCCAUGACUGUGGGCCCACCCAUUGCAGGGUUACUCCGUGACAAGUUGGGCUCCUAUGAUGUGGCAUUCUACCUCGCUGGGAUCCCUCCCAUUAUUGGAGGUGUUGUCCUUUGUUUUAUCCCUUGGAUCCAUAGUAAGAAGCAAAGAGAGAUCAGUAAAACCGCUGGAGAAGAAAAGAUGGAGAAAAUGUUGGAGAACCAGAAUUCUCUGCUGUCAAGCUCAUCUGGAAUCUUUAAGAAAGAAUCUGACUCUGUUAUUUAAUGACUUAUAUACCUCCACCAGACUGGACUUGCUUUCAGAAGUUUAAGCAAGUUUUCCUUUUAUAUGAAUGGCAAAUUUCUUAUUUUUUUAAUCACAUCCUAGGAAUAGCACAAUAAUUGGGAACUGGAACCCUUAUUCACUACAAGAACCAUUUUCUGCUACUGAAUAGCUGUCCCAUAUUUCCGUGAGUCUGAGGGCAGAGACUCAGUUUUCAUGGACAAGAAAACACGUCUCAAAGUCAAAUAUUGCAAGAAUAUAAGCUAUCUCAGUAAAAGCAACUUUGGAAACUGUGAACGCUAUUUAGCUUGUACAAAUAUUUAAAAUACCUCAAGCUAUAUUAAAAGGGUUGUGGUUCAAUUAGGGCUGGGGAUAUUGUUUGUUAUCUCACAUGGUGUUUUUAUUUUUGGUGUUUGUUUUAAUUUCUUCUGCUAUUUGGAAACUUCUUAAGCUUGGAUUCUAGAUAAUAGCAGAUCUACUUCCGUCUCAAGUCUAUGUUAAAACUGCUAUGUUAAAUAAGCUAUGGAAUUAUUAAGUUAUUCCAUCUUGCUCCAGUGUCAAGAGACCUUCCUGGAACAGGUGCUAACAGUGUAUUCAGAAUCAGUAUGUGCAGAUGAACAGGAUCCUGUUUGUAAGGGCAGAUCAGGUCAGAAACCAGACAUUUCUCCCAGUGACAAUUUUUCCCCUUCAGGUUUGCAGUGUGUUCUAUUCAAGUAACCAGAAACACCCCAAAUUUCUGAAUUUGUUUAAAUUAUAACAAUAAAGUAAAACAGAAUAAUUAAAAGAUA